AUGAUUAUUGCUUCGUCCUUUGUUGCGUAUCAACGCGUUAAUGUUGCAGAGGAUCGUAUCACGCCUCAGAUGAAGCCAGUUAUUGACAAGAUGCUGGAGCGACUUCCUCGCCACGAUACCAAGGUGAGUUACCAAUAUGAGGCGAAUGUGUACCAUUUUCUGGUCGAAAACGAAGUGGUGUAUUGCUGUGUUUCAAGUAGCGAGUAUCAAAACCGCACGGUAUUCGGGUUUUUGAUGCAGGUCCGAGAUGCGUUCAAAAGUCAGUUUGCUGGGAGCGUCAAUCGAUACCCUCGGUCCUCCGAUAUAACGCCUUCUGUGUGUCGUACAUUCUGCAGAACUCUUGCUUCUACGGCACGGACCUUUAAUGAGAAUCCACAUGCCGACAAGAUCGGAAAAAUAAGUGAACAACUUGAUAAUACAAAACAAAUUAUGUUAGAAAAUCUUGACCGAUUGAUAGAUCGUGGUGAGCGAAUUGAAAGCUUAUGUGAUAAAACGGAGCAGCUGCGUGAUGAGGCUCAGGGCUUCCAUUCCAAUGCCCGUACACUGAAGCGAAAAAUGCUCUUGAGGAAUAUCAAGCUUGCUAUUGGGUUAAUUCUUGUGCUGGGCCUCGUCGGCCUUAUUAUCGCGUUUAUGAUUUGCGGUGUGAACUUCAAGAAGUGCAAAAAGUAG